CACCGAGCGAGCAGUUAGCGACCGACGCAUUAGAAGCCCUCUCCACGGCAGAGACUUCGCGCAUGCGCACCAGCGUCGCGCCAGUCAGAAGCGCAAAUCGCGUCAACCGCGUGCUCUCUAUCACGUGGAGUAGUCAACCAUUCGUUUCAUUUAGUCUGCAGCAAAAACCGGUCGACAACGGUCGCUACUUGAUUCAGCCAAUCGGGAUUAAGCACAAGCACACACCGGUCAACAGCCUCUUGAGGUCCAACAACCAUCAACGAUUCAGGAGAUUGCUAUUCUUCAUCCGGAACGCAGUCAGGCUUAACCCAGACUGUUGCUAACGAUCCAUCAGAACUCACCAAAGUCAUGAAAACAGCGGAGGCACUGGAAUCUGUCAAAAUUCCGGAAACUGUUUCGGAUUUGCACAAGAUACAAAAGAAAACGCGGCGCGGGGGCCGACGCGGUCGAAUUCGUCGGCUCGAACGAAUGUCGCGUGAAGCCAGCCAACAACCUCUUGUGAUCCAGGAACCAACAACAAUCCAGGAGAAUGCUAUUCUUCGCGUGGAACCCAGUCAGACCAUUACUAACAGCCCAUCAGAACUCACCAAAGCCCUGGAAACAGCGGAGACAUUGGAACCUGUCAAAAUUCCAGAAACUGUUUCGGAUUUGCACAAGAUACAAAAGAAAACGCGGCGCGGGGGCCAACGCGGUCGAAUUCGUCGGCUCGAACGAAUGUCGCGUGAAGCCAGCCAACAACCUCUUGUGAUCCAGGAACCACCAACGAUCCAGGAACCAACAACAAUCCAGGAGAAUGCUAUUCUUCGCGUGGAACCCAGUCAGACCAUUACUAACAGCCCAUCAGAACUCACCAAAGCCCUGGAAACAGCGGAGACAUUGGAAUCUGUCAAAGUUCUGAAAACUGUUUCGGAUUUUUUCAAGGUGACAAAGAAAACGCGGCGCAGAUGUCGACGCAAACGAGUUCGUCGCCUCAAACGAAUUUCGCUCGAAGCCAGCCAACAGCCUCUUGAGGUCCAGCAACCACCAACGAUCCAGGAGAUCGCUGUUGUUCACCCAGGACCCAGCCAGACCGUCGCUAAAGAUCCAUCAGGACUCACCAAAGCACUAAAAUUUGUCAAAACUCUAGAAAUUGUUUUGGAGUUGAACAAAUUACCGGCCCACGAUCCCAGUGGGUCAUGUGUGGACAACAUAUUCAGCGGAGUCCCCACUCUUUCAGUAACAGAGGCAUAAAUCGUAUGCAGUUUUCAACUCUUUACUAUAAUUAGAAAAUGACAGAAAGAAAGUGAUUAAAUUUUUAUCGCGUGUAAAAAUAUCAGUAAUGAAACUGGAUGAUUCGAAAUCCGAAAAUCCCUAACGUAACACUUACAAGGUGAGCUGCUUGUAGUGGAAAUCACUUUUGAAACUGUAGUAGAUGCAAGUUAUAGUACAUACCUAGUAUCAAAGAACCCUAAAGAGUUUCUUCAAAAUAGGCCUUCGUUGUCGAGAUAUUUAAAUUUAAAGAAGGAGUUGUGGGCAACUUGGUAGAACGGUUGACUACGAAUUACAACAUUAAAAUGAAAAAAUAUUUUAUUUAUUUUUGUAUUUAAUGUUAAUCCUAUAUGACAUCAAUAUCAAUUCUAAAACAAAACGUACUACCUCUAGAUUGGUACUCAACUGCUCUACCAAGCUGCCCAUAACUCGUUCAGCUGAAAUGUGUUAAAUAAUUCAUUUACUAGGUGCGUACAAAACUUAAAUAUCUCGAAAACGAAGGCUCAUUUUGAAGAAACCUUUUAUUGUUUUUUGAUACUAGGUAUGUACUAUAACUUGUACCUAUUACCGUUUCAAAAGUGAUUUCCACUGCCAGAAGUUUAACUUGUCAGUGACGUCUCGACUUUAAAUAAGUCGUAAUGCGUCUGCCGAGAGAUUGUCGAACUGUAGGUUCGGAAGCAUUUAUUUCGUUAUUUUUAUUGAUUUGAAGGAAUUGCGACUGUACAUGCGUACAAAAUCAUUGUUUUUUUGUUUUUCGAAAAAUAAAACGCUGACACUCUGGAAAUGGGGGGGCUGGUAGUUUCCAUUGGAAUUUCCAAAA